UCCCACAAUUCCCUGCUGUGCGUCUGUAUAAACGUCACUUCAACACGUCGCAGUCUUAUUGAAGGACAUUAAACCUUGUGUUGGGUCCUGUGUUGUUGUUUAUUCCUUCCUGUUUACAUCAGAAAUGUCGUGUCCUGUUUAUCACGCCGCACCGGAGUUGAACCCAAGCCUCCUCCCCUUAAACUGGCUCCUUGGUGCCUGGGAGUCAGAUGAGCCUGGAGAGGGCAGCUUUCCUUCCAUAGAACCUUUCCGCUACACAGAGACCCUGCACUUCAGCCAUGUUGGAGGACCAAUGAUAAACUUCAUGUUCAAUGCGUUCCAUGCAGAAUCUAAAAAGCCGAUGCACCAGGAGUGUGGCUUCAUUCGAAUGCAGCCAGGAACCAACAAAGUGGCGUUCAUCAUCGCACAAAAUUCAGGUCUAAUGGAGAUUGAGGAGGGGGAGCUGACUGGGAAGCAGCUGAACCUGAAGACCCACGCUCUGGCCAGAAUCUCUUUUGCCAAGAAGCCACAAGUCAAGCAGAUUUCCAGAGAGUUUCAGCUCAGAUCAGAUGGAAGGCUGGAGCAGACUGUUUCCAUGGCAACAGACAACCAGCCUCUGAAGCAGCACUUGCACGUCAUCUACCGUCGGCCAUCUUGAUUCAUCACUCAGGCAGGCUUCUCCUGCAUAAAAAUAACUUUGUCUGGAAUGACAAAUGUUGCUGGAAAAAAAGGCUUGCUUAAUAAUCAGAGAUGUGUCAGAUAAACAUGUAAACAUCUCUAUAAUUAUACAUUAUAUCUAUACUAUGGUAUGUGGAAUGCUGUACAUUAACCAUUAAUGGUACAUAUAGUAGUAGCAUGUAAUGGUUUAAGCAUGGCUUUUGGGACAGAUGUAAGUUUUACUUAAUGGCCUCGUUCUGGAAACUAUACUUUUCGUUUGGAGUUAUGUUGCUAUUAACUGCCAGAUAUUUUAUCUUUGGGUUGAGGAGCUAAUGGAGGAUGAUAUUGAGGACAGUAUCAUUUUUUACAUAUCAUUGCACUAUCAAAAGUUUGGCAGCUUAAGUAACUGUUGUGGUUCUGGAGUCACUUUUUGUUUGUUUAGAUCAGGAGCUUUAUUCUUAGACUGGGUGGCACUGAAUUUAAAGAUGUUUUUAUAGCUACUUAAUAUGAUCCUGUAAGAGUUUCCCCCAUGAGUUUCAUGGUGUUUGUUUUAUGUCUUUGAAUGCACGGGACCUUCAGUAUAAAAUAUCAAAUGUUUUUUCUUUUGCUUCCAAUGGUCUUCUUCCUCUAUCCUUGUGGAUUUCAAAAUUGAAUGUCAUUUUCAAUAAAGUCUGUGUUAAACUGUGAAA